AUUACAACUUCCAAGAGAAACACAUCUCUCAAAUCAACACCACACACAAAAAUGGCUCCUCAAAUGGAAUUUGUCUCCAAGACUCAACAUUACCUCAAGGUCAAGAAACCCCAACUGGAACGUGAACGACGUGCUCGCAUCAACAAGUGUCUGGAUAGCCUCAAAGAAUUGGUUGCCGAGUUCCAGGGCAAUGACGCAAUUUUACACAUGGAUAAAGCCGAGAUGUUGGAAACUGCAGUGAGCUUCAUCAAGUCACAAGUACGCAAACCAAAAGUUCCUGCGGCUCCACAAGUGCCUAUGGAUUCUUUCCGUCAUGGUUAUAUGAAUGCUGUCAAUGAAGUAUCCCGUGUCAUGGCUGCCACCCCCGGCAUGAAUGUCCAAUUGGGCAAAGCUGUUAUGAUUCACUUGGGCUGUGAAUACAAUCGUUUGUCUGAGGCCAGUACGCCAGUUCAAAAUACAGAAUUGUGCUCAGCUCCCAUGUCUCCUGCAUCAUCGGGUUAUCACAGUGAUGAGGAUAUUUCACCAGCCGCCUCACCAGCUCCUUCUGCUCCUGUAUGGCGUCCAUGGUAGAUUUAAGAAAUUAUCUACCUUUGGAAUUUGAAAUCAAGAGCUUUAACUGCAAUAUGGGACUACUGCAAUGCUGUGAUAUCCAUCCAACCUUCAACUGUGAUAAUCAAACAUUAGAUUUAAGAUAGAAUUAAGAAAUCGAAAAAGAGAACUAAAAGCUUUAUAAUUUGUCGAACAAAUUUAACUUUAAUUUAAAAAAAUAUAAAACAAAAUAUUUGUCAAAAGAAAA